CAUCACCAGAACACCGGCUGCCUGCCGGACUAUUACAUUGACAUAAGAAGCAAUCUGUUAUACAUUUCCUCCCUUCGUGUCGAGAUCUCGCGAGUUUGCAGCAUCGGUUUCCUCCGGGGUUGUGUCAAGGAUAGGGUUGUGUGGCAGGCAGCAGCAAGCUCUGUUAUUCGCAAAAAUAGUGACGGGGCUGGAGGCAGUGGACCCGGGCAGAAGGGUUCUCACACCGCACAAUGAUAGCUCCUCUGGGAGACACCAUCAGAAUGGAGCCUAGGUAAGAAUGGGAAACUCUUCGUUACAGGUGGACAAAAUGGGCAAGUCAAGACUUUUCCGCAUCUUUUUAGUAUUGGGCCCCCUCUUUAUGAUCCUGCUGAUUAUAAUCUACUGGGAUGAUGUCGGAGCCACUCACUUUUACCUCCACACAACCAUAUCUGGACCUCAGUCUUCACGCCUCCCCUCUGACACACAAUCUGAUGCCAAACAAAAACCUGCCAGCUCCAAAGAGAAUUUCAUAUCAGACGUUGAUGAGUUUCUCAGCCAGGUCCUGGAGUCCAGCAACAAACCGAACAAACUUUCAAAGGAAGGUAGCGACCAAAAAACUUCCCAGGAAACGUCCGGGCAGAAUGGGAAGCAGCAGGAAGAGAGGGUGCGGGGUUAUGAUUGGAAGGCCCGCUCUUCCACUGUGAGCUUGGACAGAACACAGUCGCAAGACAGAAGGAAGCAAUUGCUUCAUGACUUCUGCACCAACUACACCCUGGAUUUCCCAGGAAGGAACAGGAGUUUUGACGACAUUCCAAACAAGGAGCUUGAUCAUCUGAUUGUGGACGACCGGCACGGGAUCAUCUACUGUUAUGUGCCUAAGGUUGCAUGCACCAACUGGAAACGCAUCAUGAUUGUGUUGAGCGAGAGCCUUUUAAACCAGGGCAUCCCUUUCCUGGACCCCCUCGAAAUCCCACGGGAGCACGUCCACAACAGCAGCGUGCACUUCACCUUCAACAAGUUCUGGAAGCGCUAUGGCAAGUUCGCCAGGCACCUGAUGAAAAUCAAGCUAAAGAAGUACACCAAGUUUCUUUUUGUCCGGGACCCUUUUGUUCGGCUUAUCUCAGCCUACCGGAGCAAGUUUGAAAUCGAGAAUGAAGAGUUCUACCGAAGCUUUGCGGUUACCAUGCUAAAGAGGUAUAGCAACCACACGGACCCCCCCAAGUCUGUCGUCGAGGCUUUUGCGGCAGGAAUCAAGCCAUCCUUUUCCAACUUUAUUCAAUAUUUGUUAGACCCUCGGACUGAAGAGCACAUGCCUUUUAAUGAGCACUGGAGGCAAGUGCAUCGACUGUGUCACCCCUGCCAGAUAAAUUACGACUUCGUAGGAAAGUUAGAAACUUUGGACGAGGAUGCAGAAUACUUACUCAGCCUUCUCAACGUGGACAAUGUUGUUCAGUUCCCUCCUAGCUAUCACAACAGGACAGUCAGCAGCUGGGAGGAAGACUGGUUUGCCAACAUCCCCGUGGAGUGGAGGAGAGAGCUGUACAAGCUUUAUGAGGCAGACUUUUCCCUGUUUGGAUACUCCAAACCCAAAACACUUUUACAAGUCUAAAGGGCUUUAUGCAGGGGUGGUUUUAAGAAGGGCAUUUUUUGGAACCUAAUAAGUUAGCUUUCUUUAUUUAAACCCCUAAAUGGUGUCUGAUGGUUUUAUGUCAACUCACUCCAAGGGAUAGGGGCAAGGUAUUCUUUAACAGGGUUUAGAGUUUGGGCUUAAAGUCCAGUUCUUUAUCACACUUGUCCAAAGUAAAAUAAUAUUUUUUAUUUAUGUUUUUACAUUAAAUAAAAAAUAGCUAUUUAGGGUUGUCACAAUAUAGCUGUUUUUUUUUUCAAAACAUUAAGAUAUUUAAACAAAAAACAAUCUAUAACAGUUUAACAAGUGUAUUGUUUUUCAUAAAAAUAGACAAAGGUGUCUAUUUUGUCUUUAUAUAAAUAAUGUGUUAAAGCUUUGUCAAUAGGGUGCAGUAUUUCAUUAAGUCUUAAAGCCUCAAGAUAUAACAUUAGCUCAUAACUGUAAACGUGGCAGAGCAAUAUUCUGAUUUAUAACCCUGUCCCUACAGAUAAUAUAAUCCUAAAAAUAAACCUAAAAAUGCCUUUUCUCAGUUGCUAUGUAUCAUAUUAAGAGUAACAAGAUCAGACAUUGUUUGAACAACUGUAGAUUAGAUACUCAAAUUUGACAACCUAAGUUUGCUGGAGAUUUAAGGGAUUACCUGUUGUGUGGGGAUAUCUGAAAACACCAAGACUAUUUUUAAGCAGUAUGUAAUCAGAUCUUACCUAGUAGGAAUGUAUGUUGAUACUACGAGGAACCAGAUUCCAGCUUCUUUUAAAAAAUUGAAUUGUUCUUCAAGGGAUUUGCCAUAAAAGAGAUUUUUUAUUGCACUAGAGAAUAGGAGCACAAGGGCAUGCAUGCUCUGCUGUACAAUGUACAGCAAUACGUAAUGACACUGACUUGUAGUCUGUAGUCUGACAUACAUUUUACUUAUAUUUUAACAUAGGAAACACCAUAUGUGUAUGUUUAUAGCAGUUGCCAACAUUAUUUUAAUUCAUUGUUUCUGAUUAUUGUUUUAUAAUUGUAUGUCAUUUUCAGUUGGUUUGACAGACCCCGGGUAGCACUAGCUUUGGACUCUCUUACUUAAUGGAAGUUUUGCUUGUCCAGUAGUGAGAGUCGAGAUUUGUGAAACCUAAUUAUACUUUUGCUUUUGAAUUGUAUUUUGUAAGUGCUGUUAUAACCUUUAUUUAUCAAGGCUUUGGGAGUUUCAGCUGGCUCAAGCACUGGGCUGCACUCAUUGGAGUACUAUUACUACUGAAGUCAAUCACAUAUCUAGAGAACACUGCGUCUAUUCAAUAGAAACAGCAGCAGAUCUAAGCCGCGCCACUCUUUGGAGAAAUAAAACGGGUCCCUCUGUGCAACAAGUGAGACAUAUUAAAACAA